UCAUUUCUAUAUACAGGGAAGAAAGGGGAAGCAGGCCAAAAUCCUAAACUAGUUUCUAUGAUCGAAGGUUAGAAGCCCCAAAAUCCCAUUUCCUCUAAGCUCGCCCAACCACGACUCGCCGGCGGCCGCCCCCCAAACCCUCGCCGCCUUCGUCUCCCCCCUCCCCUCCGAACAGAGGAAUUCUUCGUCUUCCACGCGGGAUUCCAUCGAAUUCGGCGGAGCCUUGGCAGGAUUCCCGAGCCAACCCCUCGGGACCUCCGAACCGGCACCUGCAGGCAGCGAGAUGGGGGCGAACGCCAACCCCUCUGGCUCCCUGGGCGGUCCUCACCGCCACCUCUCCUCCCUGGUGUCCGCGCCGCAGCAGCAGGGUGUAGCGGGGAGCACCGUGGCCGCGCUGCGGCGCGACCCAGGGCUCACCGUGCGGUGGUCGCCCGAGGAGCAGGUCCUGCUCGACAACGGGCUGGCCAAGUAUGCGGCUGACACAGCUGUAGUUCGCUAUGCAAAAAUUGCUAUGAGUCUGCCUGACAAGACUGUGCGAGAUGUUGCCCUGCGUUGCAGAUGGAUGGCUAAAAAAGAGAGUAGCAAGAAAAGGAAGGAUGAAUUAUCUAAGAAAAGCAAAGAGAAGGAAAGAGUUGGUGACUCUUCAUCAAAAGGUCCAGCACAUCUAGUAGGACGACCUAAUGGCCCACCAUAUAAUCUUCAUGUUCUUCCUAUGGAUGAUGAUGAUGUUUCGUACAAAGCAAUUGGAGGCCCAACUGGACAGCUUCUAGAGCACAAUGCACAGAUCUUAAAUCAAAUAUAUACAAAUAUUUCAAACAUGCAGGUACAAGAUAACCUCUCUCUUCUAUGCCAAACAAAGGAUAAUAUACUCACAGUUCUGAAAGGGAUAAGUGAUGUUCCUGAAAUAAUGAGGCAGAUGCCACCCCUUCCUGUAAAGUUACAUGAAGAUCUGGCCAACUCCAUACUGCCAAGGUCUUCAGGUACAUGAUGUUUUCCGCUGUUGGCUCGUUCAAUCACCCUUGCAUGGAUCAGUGUAGAAAGUUUGGCCAUAUGGAAAAGGUUUCUAUAGGUACCAGAUAGAUACCUGUUUUUGCUGUCCAGGUCUUAAAUCGGGACUUGUAACACCUUUCUCCAUUAUAUCUUGGUUCUAUUUGUUCCGCUGAUCGUAUAUGUUGGAUGUACAAAGCCGUCAGUUUCAGUCAAACAAGUUUGUAGAAAAAAAAUAUGGUUGUAUGGUUAAACAUCUGUACAGUGCACCCGUGAAAAGAAUAGCAGUUUUCUGUUUCA